CUUUCCUACCCUGUGUUUGUGCUGCUCAUGUGCAACCUCCAAACCACCUCAAGCACUCCAGCCAUCAAUCAGUCCGUGCAAACAGAUGGCUGUACUGAAAAAAGGGGGUACCCCUGCUGCCUGUUGUAACAGAUACAUCAUGCACAAAGUGGCUCGCUGCAGAGCAUCCGGUGGCAGAUGGAGGAUCAGCGGUGCAGUCAGGAGUCGGGCGCCAGAAGCCUGCUGGGUUCACUCUGGACCGUCACAAACCAUUGGUCUCAGCGGCCCGGCACCCAGCAGAGGCUUGUGUUAGCACUUGCUAUGCGUGUCUGGGCUACAAAACAAUGGAUGGAGCAUCAAGCUGAGGUGGAGGAUGAGUUUGUGUGCGCCAAGAUGCUGCAUGGUGCCCUGAACUCCCAGCGGGAUACUGUGGAGAGGAUAUUCCAAGUGUCGUUCGUCAUCAACGCCCGCGACCUGCAACAGUUCUCCACCGAGCAAAUGUGGCUGCGGCUGCAAGGGGCGAUCCGUGAUGUCGAAGCUGCAAAGUUAUUUGUGACAGGACUUAUCAACCAGGAGGAGCAGCAGGAGUUGUCCUAUCCCCUAGCGCUGAACUGCAUCUUCUGCGGUGCUAGAGGACUCUUCAUGGACUGCAUCAUUAAGAGCACCUCAGCACACAUUGUGGUGGGCUCUCCGGGCUCCCUGCUCAUAUCCGGUCUUGCUGUGCCUGUGGUGCAAGCCUACUCCCUUAUCAUCCAUCUGAUAGAGAGAUACAGUGGCACACAGGCUGGGUGCUCAGAGACUGAAGACAAGGCUUCAGAUGAGUUGUUUGAUUCUCGACGGGUCUUUAAAGCUCUGGUGGAGAAAUGGGAGGACCGACAUAUCCUGGAUCUCCUGUUGCUGCCUGGGUCUGUAAAGGAAGCCCUGCUGGAUAUGGUGAAAGGGUCAGGACUAGGGGCAAACCAGGCAGAUGUUCAAGCGGAAUGUUCAGUAUUGCAUGAGGUUAGCCUCCCUGGGGUGACUUGUGGUUCUCUGUACGCCCCUAAGGAAGACCAAAUUAAGACUACACAGAAGGUGGAAGAAGUAAUGCAGGCAGAGCAGAUGGAAACAUCAGGGAAAGAGAACAAGGAGAGAGCGCAGAAGCCACCUGAAGCAAACAACGAAUUCAUGCUUAUGUUGAAGUUUUUCACAGCCAUGGGUUACGCAGAAAAGAUUGUUAAACGAGUCCUGAGCAGAACAGGGCCUGUAGAGGCCUUUCAGAUCCUGGACCUGGUUCAGCGAGAGCAGGACUGUGGUGACAUGGAUUUUCAGAGCCAGAGGAACCCGUCUUGUGAGAUGGAAGAUGAGACGGCGGAAGGUGAAGCAGGCAGAGAUGUGUCAAGAGAGGGUGGUGAACAUCAGGAAGAUGAGGACUUUGUCUUGGGAGUGGUGAAGAAAGCCGCUGUGAGCUGCGGAUACAAAGAGCAUGAGGUGACAAAGGUCUACAGCGAGUUGCCAAAUGGAUCCACCCUCCAGCUGCUCCUGGAGCUGCAGAAGGAGGGGGGCAGCAAGAAGGAAACAUCCAGGGAGGGAGAAGCAGGGCUGGCAGUCUUGGUGGAGGAUGAGAAUGAGAAAGCUGGGAUGAUGAAGAGUGAUGGGCCCAUGCAAAAUAAGGACAGAAGUGUUUUACAAAAAGCAAACUUAACCACAUAUCCAGAUUGGUCCUGCUCUGAGAAAGUCGCAUCGUAUCCUGAUUCUGUCAAAGGACCACCCAUGGCAAUGUAUGCCACAUCGUCUGAUCCCCCUUUCCCUGAUGUACCGAGCCAGAAGCCUGUAUCUCCAAACCGCUCAAAGGAAGCGCCCCCAAAUGAGGGUUCUCUCACCAGAUUCAGGGAACGCCGCAGUUUGGCCUCUGUUUCCUCAGUGGUGGUUACAGGGGAGCAGCGUUUCCUGGAGGGUCUGCGGACCCCCUUUGCCCUCCAGCUAAUAGACAAGCCAGGAAACCCCAAGCUAAGGACAAUCGUCAUAGAUGGGAGCAACGUGGCCAUGAGUCAUGGGCGGGGACACUUCUUUUCAUGUCGAGGCAUUGCUCUGGCUGUUCAGCAUUUUUGGGACCGUGGUCAUCGUCAAAUUAGCGCCCUGGUGCCCCAGUGGAGGCAAAAGAAUGACCCCCGCAUCAGAGAGCAGCACUAUCUGAGUGAGUUGCAUAAACUGGGCCUGCUGUCUUACACUCCUUCCAGGAUGGUCCGGGGGAAGAGGAUCUGCUCGUAUGACGACAGACAAAUGCUGCAGCUUGCACAGAAGACUGAUGGCGUGAUCGUGACCAAUGACAAUCUGAGGGAUCUCUUGGAUGAGUCGCCCGUAUGGAGGGACAUCAUCAAAAAGAGACUGCUCCAGUACACGUUUGUUGGCGAUCACUUUAUGGUUCCAGAUGACCCACUGGGAAGAGGAGGGCCUCAUUUGGAUGACUUCCUCUGUGCAGAACACAGGGCACCCAACCCAGGAAACCACUCAUUUGCUGGUGUAGCCACCAGUGUUCCCCCUUUGAUUCCUCCACGCUCACAAACCGAAGUGUUUGCCUUCCGAGACCGAACACCGGGUGGCACUAUGGGUGCAGCAGGUGGAGAGAGCCAGGGUGGGGUGGCAUGGAAAGGAGAGCUUUAGCACAGAACUCCAGAGGACACAGGGAGCCUGAGGGAGCAUCUCUCUCAAGUGUUUCUGGGUCAGGGCAACAUGGUGACGCUGGUUCUCGAACGCCACCGGGCGGAGACCGAUGUUAACGUGCUCUCAAGAGUUUCUUUUGGAGUAUUAGGAAGACUACGUACGUUUUUUUGUGCCUGCUUUUAUCAGACUUCCUUUGAGCACACAGCCACAUUCCCUUUUCAGCUCUGCUGUUCACCACGAUGUCCACCAGAGCUCGCACUGGUUCAUCAAGAAUGACUUCCAGUAUUUCAAAAGGACAUUCCUGUUGUGCCACUUUCAGUACCAAAAAAACAAACACAGCUGUUGAAGGAUGGCGGGAUCAUUCACACUUUUUGUAUAUGUAAAUAUUAAAGGUAACCUCUGGAGGGCGCAAGAAGCUUAUGUUCUUCAACUACAACUCUGAGGAUUAAUUAAGAUUAAUAAAGAAAGCUUUUGUCUUUUGCCAUGACAUAACAACCUUUUAUUUUGUGACAUACAUAUGUUACAUAUGUUACUUAUUAAAACCAACUCUUGAACUAUAAUUCCAACACAUGUACAUGCUUAGGUGGUUUUCCUAACGCUGCACUUUGAUUUAUGGUUCACGUCUUUAAUAUAUAUAUUUUUUACUCACAGUGCCUUUAUUUUGAAAGAAAGCAUGCAUUGCAUGGCUGUUAGGAUGCAAAUGUCCUUUAUUUUGUUUGUAAAAGUUCGCUGUACAGUGGCCAAUUAAUGCAAAUGCAACUAUGCACAAGCAAUUGAGAAGAUAAAAGUCAUCCUAGGUACCCGCUCAGUCCCAAGAAAGAAUGAAUUGCACAGCAAAAAGAUGGAUCUAUUUUGUGUUUUGAAAGGAAUGUUUUGUGUUCUGUAACCGAGGUAAAAUGUCAUAUAAGAAGUAUUACAAGAAUAAUAAUUAUAUGAACCCUUAAUGCUUGCUUUAAAGUCCCUCACAACAAAGUUGAAUAGACACUGUUUGGGCCACACUUAUAAUAAGUCAUAUAUUCCUUUUUUUUUUUUUUUUUUUUACUUUCAAUGCUUAAAUCUCUAGAUCAACUUCAGAUCUGUCCGUUGAUAUUAAGUUUUUAUUAUUUUUAAAUUUUGUCUGCCUUUUUGUCUAAAAAAAACAAAAUUUUGGAAAUUGUUAAAUCACAAAAUAUGCAGUAUUUUCCAAAAGUAAGUUUCAAAGUAGAAUAUUUGAUAUGACGUCAUUAGGGCCUUGCAUAGGUCAAUAGUCCAUAACAACUUCGAUUUUGAUGCAUUAUUACUUAUGGAGCAAUGGCAGUUUUUGACUAAAAAUAACGCCAAAGUUGAAUAGACAGUGUUUGGGCCACGCCCUUAAGAUUAUAUAAGUAAGUCAUAUAUUCUUUUUUUCUUUUCUUUCAACGCUUAAAUCCCUAGAUCAGCUUCAGAUCUGUCCGUUGAUGUCGGUAGGCGUGGGCUCAUCAGACUCCAGGAUAGCCGGCUUGAGCGCUUGUAAUGUGGAAUAUCGCCUCUUCAGUUGUAGUCGUGUGAUUGCAUACAAACGCAUUACAUGUGACGUCAUGUUUAUGCGACAAACACGAUGGUAAACACGAUUGCAUAUGACGAGCUGAAAUGCAUUUCAUAAAUGGUGACGUGCAUUUCGCAAAAGCAUGUAAGAUUUUGUGAAAUUCAAUGCUUUUCUUGUGCAGAACUUGAACAAAAAUGUGCAUAAUUUGUCUGCACGUCUCAACAGAUGAUGCGCGCACCCGUGCAUGCACGAACACACAGAUCCACGCACACAAUUCACCUGUAUUAAUCUAAACUCCCGAAGACCAUCGUCAUAGGAAAAAAAGUUCUUUCCCCAUAUAUGUGUGUCAAAGGAGAGUUCCAUUUUGUCGGCUCCAAAGUAACUGUUGGUCUCUGGCUCCGGCUUAUUGUGCGUGUAUUUUGGAUUCCAAACGGUGGACCCGUAGAACCCCGGGGAAAACGUCAUAUGACGUCGUAUGACGUCUCGAAAGCUCACUGGCUUAGUUUCAUUCUGCUAACAUUCAAAUUUAGCAAUCUGUGCACCAAAUUGCACAUGAAAGUUCAAUUUAUUACCCAAUUGGAUACUAACCAAUACUAAGAAGGGUUAUAUGAAAUGUAAGUUUUGAGGCGGAAGUGACAAGUGGCGUUGAUGUCACCAAGUUGGACCGUAGGGAGGACAAUCUUAGUGGGUGGUCUUUCUCGUGGCGUACAACAGUGCAUAUCCAUUAUAGUUAGGGCUGUGCUGGGCAGAGUAGGAGACUCUUGAACCUCACAGUGACUAUUCUGUCUUGUCACUUCAGACCACUGGACUAUGGCGGUGGACGUACUCGAUUGAGAAGAUAACUACUGUACAAUAUCUCUUCUUGGUCUAUCCCCAGGGGAGCUUACAUUAGGGCCAAGUAAAUAUUGGUUAUCGCAUCCUAUGCUAUCCGUGAUCCUUCAGCUCAUCGGGCAUUAACACGUGGGUGCCACGAUUGGGACUAGGAUCCAGUAUAGCAAGGAUUUUGAUCGGUUCUAAGUUAUUAGUUGUACGCAGUGCUUUUAAGGAAUGAUUUUCACCUCUCAUAAUAUAUACAAAUGGUAACAUUUGAAUGUUACUGUAUUGUUAAAGUUAAAGCUUAAUAAAUUCUUCAGAGACUUCUUCCAUAACGAGUAGGUAAGUCAUAUUUUUCUGUUAUAUGAGAUACAGUAGUUGUUAGUAAUAAGUAAAGGUUUGAAUAGACAGUAAGUAGAGUAAUUGAAUAAUUCCUAAGUUGUAAGAGUAAGUUUAUAGAGAUACCGUGAGGAAGAUACUGUAGAUACUGUGUGUUGUUAAAGGGUGGUGAACAGUGUUUAUUGAGGGAUGAGUCAAUAAAACACCGCGUGGUUAUAAGAGAAAGGGAUUUAUGUAGUAAAAUUGACUACUUACAUUAUUGAAGAAGGAUAGUGUUAAAAAAGAGAAGGCUCAAUCGGGGAAGAAUUUAAGAGAGCAUUUUCUUAAUCUCUAGUAAUAUAGUUCAGUUGUGAUUUAUUAUCAGCUGUAUUUCUAUGAUGUGAUUGUCAUAAGACUUAUUUUUUUAGAUGGACACUUUGUGGAAUAUCGUGGAAAAACUUCAAAGAAGAGGCUCAUCGGUGUCAAAAUCACCCCGUAGUACAUUGCAGAGGAGGAUCAAGUCGCUGCAUUCGACCGGUUGGGUGACUGUACUCUAGCUAUUUUGGGAACGACGUCACACAGAAAGGUUGAUUUUUUUACCUGCUACAUUAUGCACCAACAUGUAUUUAUAUUUUAGAUUUGAGUUGCUAUACAACAUUUGU